AUGGUUCGUACAAAACAAACGGCAAAAAAGUCUUUAGCUCCUCCAGCAAAACGUUUAAAUGCUAAACGAUUACUUGCAAAACGUCAAAAAGCAAAUAAAGCGAAUAAAAGUGCGACAUUGAAGCAAAAACGAUUCCGACCAGGUGUUGUUGCACUUCGUGAAAUAAGACGGCUGCAACGAACUGUUAAUCUACUCAUUCCAAGAGCUCCUUUUCAACGACUUGUUAGAGAGAUAGCGAGGAAUGUAGCACAAGACAAUGUUGAUUUGCGUUUUCAGAUGGCAGCUAUAUUGGCUCUUCAGGAAGCGGCUGAAAUUUAUCUUACAUGUCUUUUCGAAGAUACAAAUUUAGCAGCGAUUCAUGCAAAACGUGUUACAAUUUUUCCGAAGGAUAUGCAGUUCGUUCGUAGACUGCGCGGUGAAAACGUUAAAUUUGGACGAUAA